UGUACACAUGUCUGGGUCAGUGGGCUUCUUUUGGCUACUCCCACCGCCCAAAGUCCUCCACCUCUGCCGGCACUUGAGGCCUUAAAGCCAUUUCCCCAUUGAAAGCAGCAGAGUAGUAUAAAUAGCCAAGGGACUCAACCCCAUCAGCCGGGCCACUUGAGCUUGGCAUGGUUGCCAUUGUUGUGGUGUCAACUGUUGAGUCCAUUGUUCCAUCCUGUCCAGGUGACGAACCGUAAUGGAUGCUGCUGCUCUCAUCUCUGUCACAAAAGGUAAUCCGAGAGGCGGCUUUUGUCCUAAAUGGAUAUAAAAGUGUGGAGACUCCUUGGCCGGAGCCGCAAAAGGAGUACAGCGCUGGUCAGGCACAGAUCGAGCAGGAUGCCGUGGUUGCCCAUUUCCAUUACGGCGCUGGCGGCGCUGCUAAGCCUGACAAGUAAAGGAAACGCCAGUCAGUACGCCAGCGAUGGAGGCUUUGACGAGGUGGUGGGUGUAAGGAGUCUGGAACAGCACGCGGAGGAGCAGCAACCUGAUCGCAGUACAUCAAAAGUGCUCAGUGCCCUGUUCGGAUACAGUCCUAGCACUCCACAUCCCACGGAGAUUGCGAUGGUCAUGCCACAUCAGCUGCCGGCAAUGUACUAUAACGAUUUCUAUGAGGAUCUGCUGACCACCAAACGCAACGAUGUCCAUUCCGCUGGCUGCGACUGCAAAGUUACGAACGAGCUCGUGGAUCUGGGCGGUCUGCACUUCCCUCGUUUUCUGAUGAAUGCCGUUUGCGAAUCGGGUGCUGGACGGGAUCUGGCCAAGUGCUCGCAUGGAUCCAAUUGCCGGCCACUGGAAUAUAAGGUAAAGGUCCUGGCACAGGCCUCUCAGUCAGAUCACUCCUAUUCGUGGAUGAACAAGGAUCAACCUUGGCAGUUCAAAACCGUCACCGUAACUGCCGGCUGCUUCUGCACAAAGUGAUUGGGUGGAUGUGAGCAACUAUCAUAUGUGAAUGUGAAUUACUUGUAUAUUAAAGCGCCAAAAAGAC